AUGUUAGGUACCAAGUACAUUUACUGGAUCCCGGGAGGGGUGUUUCUCAGGGGGCUUGUCACGUCACUUUCCGUCUUUCACCCAACCCCUGGCGGGAUGCAUACCGGGGGAGAAUCACACAGAAUCAUACAAGGGCUUUUACAAGAGCUACAAGGAGUUCCAGCUACUAAGACCUCGGUAGUAUGUGGAGAAGCUGGCUUAGUGCCCAAUUGGCAAACCUGGAUCGGGCUGGCGGACGCUGGAGUCUGGACGCUGUCGCUCCUUCGCCAAGAGCAUUCGCAAUAUGUUCUGCCUGACAAGACGAACCUUGUCAACCCGCCGGCGGUAUUCUCGUUGAAGCUUUACGAAGAAUUGUUCUUCCGUUAA